UGUUCUCUGGUCUACGGCAACAGGGAUAGUACCGCUAUCACUUUGUUUAUUAUUACAUGGCUCAGUCUAUGCUCUCCCUCCCCUCUUCGCAUUUUAGAUCCCUAUAUCUACCGAUGUCCUCGAGGACUCUUUGGGUUUGUUAUUUUUCUGAGUCGUCAGCUACCGUGAGAGUCGCUCGCUUUGCUGCUGAACCCUAGAACUUGCCAAGGCAUCUGUUGGUGCGCGUGUUAGCUAUUGUUUUAGCCAAUCAUUUGCUUUACAAGAAAAGAUCUGAUGAAUCUGUGUUACGUUCCUUCUUUGUUUAAACCUAGGUAAUGUUUUCUAUUAUACACUAACCUCUGUUUUCUUUGUUUCUUGUUCUUUUUCUCAGGGAUAGGACCUCCCAGCGAGAGGACCCACAAUGGGUUAGAUCCCAUAGUGCAACUUACGCUCUGGAUGUGAGUUCGUAUACUUUGAAGGGGACGUCGACCUGAGACCUUCAGUAGAGAUAGCAUCACAACAUUUGGGGAGACGCUCCGCGACGAGGCUGAAGGAGAACAAGUACUAGACGCACCGUGCACGGUUUCUAUCAAAGGGGCAAGAUGGCAGAGGUUCUGAUUGGUAGCCUUAUGAUUGGGAAUUGCAGUGACCGGUUGUGUGUCCGUGUCUCCCGUAUGUGGGAAUUUUAUGAUCCUCAGGAUGAGUCCAAUCUCCUCCACGCUGAUAUGGUCCUCAUCGAUGAGGAGGGUGGCAGUGCUCAUGCUCAAAUAUACCCUCCACUCGCUGCCGUUUUCAAGCCCAUGAUAAAGGAGGGCAAUGUCUACAACGUCUCCUAUGUUCAGAUCAAGAAAGCAAAUAGGAUGUACAAGCCUGUUGACAAUGAUAUCAUGAUCGGUUUCACAAAAUGGACGACAAUUGAGGAGCUUAUUGAAGUGCCACCGGCUUUUCCAGAGAUUGGUUACUCCCUCACUCCCUUUGACCAGCUUACAACCCUUGUGGACAUUAGGGAGUAUUUCAUAGAUGUCAUUGGCGCGGUCACCAUGAUCUCGGAUGUCGCAACCAUUCGUACAAAGAUGCGCCAGACUCAAACAGCAAAGAGAUCCGUCACUAUACAAAAUGAGAGCUGUACUCCCCUUGAGGUUGUGAUGUGGGGUGGGCAGGCAACCUCCUUCCCGGCUGAUCAGAUUAGUAUUGCCGGCCAGGACUCACUCCAGAUUAUUAUCUUUGUUGGUACUCUUGCUAGAUCCUAUGCUGGUACCACUUCACUGACAGGUGGAUCGUCUUGCAAAUGGUACGUGAAUCCGCAGGUUCCAGAGGCAACAAGCCUUGCAGCCAGCUUGCAGCAUAAAAGGAGCCCAAUUAUGUCUGCUGCUGGUUCGACGCAGCGUGUGCCGAGGAUUUCUACCGCUGAGCAUAAGAAAGUAUCUGAAAUCAAACACCUGCAUCCAUUCAAGCAUGAGAAAGUUGAGUGGUUGGUAACAGUUACCGUUCUUAAGAUUGAUCAACUAUGGUGGUACGAGUCCUGUAGAAAGUGCCUCAAGAAAACAAAGCCUCAUGGUGAUGCCUAUAAAUGCUCGGACUCUGGUUGUGGCCAUGUUGGUCCGCCUAAUCCAAGGUACAGGUUGCUCAUCACAGCAGGCGAUGAGACAGGCGAGACUGAUUUCAUACUAUUUGGACAUAUGGCACAGCGCAUUGUUAAGAAACCACUUGACAUCUUGAUCGCGGAUAAUCCAGCCGGAUUUAUUCCUGAUGAAAUAACUAAGCUGAUGGAAAAGGUGUACACAUUCAACGUAAGCUUCACAGACAGCACCAUUGCUUUAGGCAAUGUGUGUUUCCAGGUUAACACGGUUGUCGCCGAGAUUGGUGAUGGAGGUCAGGUUCCAAUUUCACCCAGUGGAUCCCAACCUUCAUCAAUUUCGUCUGCGUGGGCUGCAUCCAAGUCUACAUCAGCAGACUCUGUCCCAACUGGAGGUACCUCUUCUCAGACACCACAGAGCACCAAAAACUACAGCAAGGAUAAGCGUGCAAGAUCGCCAACGCCACUAUCAAAAGGUGGGUCCUCAGUUACCAGGCAGGUUGCGAGGAAGAUAUUGGGAGGCUCACCUGAUAAAACUGGUGAUGGCCAUGACUUGGCUUCCGGAAUUGCUGAUUCUAGAUGA